AUCUUGGGCGCACUUGGGGUCGGGUUUCUUCCCGUGUUUCGGCUUCGAAACCACACCGCUUGAACUUACCUCCAUCACUCCAUCAUUUCUAACCGGUUUCUAACGCUUCUUGCGGCGGGCUUUCUCGUCGUGAGGAGGGGGCAAAAGGUUAAGCAGAGAUCGAAGUCCGUGGGGAUUGUCUUCAUAGAGAUUGGCUAGGGAUUCUUUUGUAAAACUUGGUGAUCCAGUGACAGAGUGAGUCUGUUUUCCUCUGAUAUAAUAAUGAACGAAAUUCAAGGGAAAAGAGGGGAAAAUGAGAAGAAAGGAAGGAGAGGGAGGGCUUGCGUGGUGGUACUAGGGGACCUCGGGCGCAGCCCUCGUAUGCAGUAUCAUGCUCUUUCACUUGCUCGUCAGGCAUCUCUUGAGGUGGACAUUGUUGCAUAUGGGGGUUCCCAGCCCCACAUUGCAGUUCUAUCUCAACCAUCUAUACAUAUUCACAUAAUGCCACCCUGGCUUGUAAUCCUUGAAGGCCUACCGAAGAUGCUCCGCCCUAUAAGGCUUUUGCUCAAGCCAUUAAUUCAGUUUUUCAUGCUUCUUUGGUUUCUUUGCGUAAAGAUACCUUCUCCUGAUGUCUUUAUUGUGCAGAAUCCUCCUUCAGUUCCAACUUUAGUGGCUGUAAAAUGGGCAAGUUCACUGAGACGUUCUGCAUUUAUAAUUGAUUGGCAUAAUUUCGGAUAUACCCUGCUCAGGUUGUCGCUUGGGAGAAGUAGUCGCUUUGUCUCUGUCUAUCUUUGGUUUGAGAAGCGUUACGGGAAGAUGGCAGAUGGAUCCCUAUGUGUGACAAAGGCAAUGCAACAUGAAUUGGCUCAAAACUGGGGAAUUAGAGCUACAGUGUUAUAUGAUCAGCCUCCUGAGUUUUUCCGUCCGGCUUCACUUGAGGAAAAGCAUGAGCUAUUUUGUAGACUAGAUAAAAAUCUCUGUGAGCCUAUUGGUGUACGGGAUUGUGUACACAAUGGACAUUUAAGAAUGCAGAACCAUGAGCUAAAUGAGACUCUGUUGACUUCCCAGGUUGGCAGUGACAUUUUUUUGAAGCCAAACAGGCCAGCACUUGUUGUAAGCAGUACAAGCUGGACCCCCGAUGAGGAUUUUGGCCUUCUCUUGGAAGCAGCAGUAAUGUAUGAUAGGCGUGUUGCUGCAAUGUUAAAUGAAGAUGAUUCAACCAAUGAAGAGUUUCUGUGGAAGGAAAUCUCUCAGGAAAAGCAAUACUUGUACCCUAGAUUAUUGUUCAUCAUUACAGGUAAAGGGCCCGAGAAGGAAAAAUAUGAAGAGAAAAUAAGGAGGCUACACCUCAAACGUGUGGCAUUUCGUACGAUGUGGCUGUCAGCUGAGGAUUACCCGUUGCUCCUGGGAUCAGCAGACCUAGGGGUUUGUCUGCACACUUCCUCAUCCGGAUUAGACCUUCCAAUGAAGGUUGUGGAUAUGUUUGGUUGUGGAUUGCCUGUUUGUGCUGUUUCCUACUCUUGCAUUAAAGAACUUGUAAAAGUUGAGAAGAAUGGUCUCCUCUUUUCAUCAUCUUCAGAGCUAGCGGAUGAACUGUUGCCACCAGGAGGCAAACUUGAAGACCAUUCCAGUAUUAGGAGAUCACCACCCUCCCUGACAUCACUCAUGCAGUACCCGAUGUACUUAAAAUCUCAGCCCAAAGCGCCCCAACCACCUCACAAUGCAAUGAUAAAUGAUGGACAGAUUCACCAUUCUUCCUACAAGGAAGUUUACGAAUGACUUGACUUAAUGUGAUACAUCAAAUCUAUUUUAUAAUAAAAAGUGUAUUGCAAUCGAAUAUACCGAAUCAAGUCAUAUUAGUUUGUAAGCUUAUUUUUGUAGGAUCCAUUUAUAAAUCAAGCAUUAUUGUAUUUAUCAGACAGUUGCAGUUUCCCACUUUUGCACCCUUCACUAAAAUG